CCGGGGGGGCGGCGGGGUCGGAGCGCAGGUACCGGAACACGGCGAGCACCGGGAUACCGGGCUGGGGACAGCGGGACCAGAGCCUUCCUAUAUUUUGGAGCGAUCCCGAGCCGUGCCAGGACCAGGAAAAUAAAGCCAUGGAUCCGGGCACUUCCAGCACCUCCCUGCCCGAUCCCGCCGGAGACUCCGAGCGGAACAUUCCCAGGAUCUGCGGGGUCUGCGGGGACAGAGCCACCGGCUUCCACUUCAACGCCAUGACCUGCGAGGGCUGCAAGGGCUUCUUCAGGAGAAGCAUGAAGAGGAAGGCCAUGUUCACCUGUCCCUUCAGCGGGGACUGCCACAUCACCAAGGACAACCGGCGGCACUGCCAGGCCUGCCGGCUCAAGCGCUGCGUGGACAUCGGGAUGAUGAAGGAAUUCAUCCUGACGGACGAGGAGGUGCAGAGGAAGCGGGAGAUGAUCCUGAAGAGGAAGGAGGAGGAAGCGCUCAGGGAAAGCCUCAAACCCAAACUCUCGGAGGAGCAGCAAAAAGUCAUCGAUGUCCUGCUCGAGGCCCAUCGCAAAACCUACGACCCCACCUAUGCUGACUUCACCAAAUUCCGGCCCCCCGUGAGGAGCCAGCCCAGCAGCAGAGGGGCCGCAAAAUCCUCGUCCCUCCUCACCCAGGACCUGUCGUCCGAGGAUUCCUCGGAUCUCUUCAGCUCUGAGGCCUUCAGCACAUUCCCAGAUUCCGUGGAGCCGCCGCCGUUUUCCAGCCUGGUGCUGUCGGAGGAGCAGGACGAGAGCUCCUCCAUGAACCUGGAGUUCUCGCAGCUCUCCAUGCUCCCACACCUGGCUGACCUGGUCAGCUACAGCAUCCAGAAGGUGAUCGGCUUUGCCAAGAUGAUCCCAGGAUUCAGGGACCUGUCGGCCGAGGACCAGAUCAUUCUGCUCAAGUGCAGCGCCAUCGAGGUGAUCAUGCUGCGCUCCAACCAGUCCUUCACCCUCGAGGACAUGUCCUGGACCUGCGGCAGCAGCGACUUCAAGUACAGGGUCAGCGAUGUCACUCAAGCUGGGCACAGCAUGGAACUGCUGGAGCCGCUGGUGAAAUUCCAGGUGGGGCUGAAGAAGCUGAACCUGCAUGAGGAGGAGCACGUGCUGCUCAUGGCCAUCUGUAUCCUGUCCCCAGACCGGCCGGGCGUGCGGGAGCCGGCGCGGGUGGAGGCCCUGCAGGAGCGGCUCUCGGAGGUGCUGCAGAGCUACAUCCGCGCCCGGCACGCCGCGCCCGGGAGCCGCCUGCUCUACGCCAAGAUGAUCCAGAAGCUCGCGGACCUGCGCAGCCUCAACGAGGAGCACUCGCGGCAGUACCGCUGCCUCUCCUUCCAGCCCGAGCACAGCAUGCAGCUCACGCCGCUGGUGCUCGAGGUGUUCGGCAACGAGAUCUCCUGACGGCCUGGGAAAGGGGAAAAUCCGCCCUGCGUGCCUCGGGAAAAAGGGAGAAGCCAGCCUUGGUUGUGGCAGGACGAGGAGGGGACUGAGCCCGAGCAGGGGUUGGGUUUUGGCAUCGCUGCUCGGGUUCUUCCCCUUCCAGGAGCAGCUUCCCCGCUUCCCCGUGAACUGGUUGAUCUCUCCGUGGAUGUUUUGGGGCCAGGCUGCCUCAACUCCCUUCUUUCUUCGAACGCUGGGAAGGGGAAGCAGCACGAGAUGAACUCAGGGCGCUGCUGUGGGUGCCGUGUUCUGCUCCCCCUGAAUCGCCACAGGGCCCGUGGGCUUGGACACCCCAAAUCCCAGCCAGGAGCUGCCACGGACAGUGUCCCCACAGCUCCAACACGUCCCGGGUGCUGCUGCUGCUGGACUGGGAUGAGCCAGAGGCAGCCGAGAAAGCCCCAAGAGGGGAAAUUUUGUCCUCGAACCUCAAAGGGAAGAGCAGGACAAACUUUGUUUGCAUUCCCUGGGAAUUAGGGAGCAGGGGGAUCUCCAGGAGCCACCCCGACUUUGGAGCUGGACCCCUCUGAGGGAUGGGGUGAUGACCCCUGGGCUGGGGCAGGGACCCCAAUUCCAGCUUGGCUUCCUCCUCCUGCCGUGUUCUGGAGGCAGCUCCAGGCCCCAGUCCCCACCCAGAGAAAACCCUGGGAAGGGGGAUUUGAGAGCUGGGGGGCUCCGGACCCCCGGGAAGAACCGUCACAAACCCCGCGGGCCCUCAUCAGUGUCCAGAAGGUCCCUGGCUCUGGCUAAUAAACUCCUGCUUGGGCAAAUCAACUCA